GCGCCCAAUCAUGCGUGCGCUCUAUUCGCAGGUAAAUCACAUAGGAAUUUUACCUAUUAAUGCAUAGCUGUCCUACCUGUACGUACCUGUGGCGAGUGCUAAGGAUGACACUGUGAUAACUGUGUUACUAUGGAUAUACCCGUGUUGUGGCUGCUGUUUGGCCUGGCCUGUUACGUGGGAUACGCCCAAGGUGUGUGUCCUUCUGGGCAGUGGGGUGACACGUGUCAAAACACGUGCAGCGCUCAGUGUUUCACCUCAACUCCGUGUAGAGAGACGACAUCGGUUUGUGGAUGUCAACAGACCACCGGACGCUGUCAAACGUGCAACCAGGGCUAUUUCGGGGAGAACUGUACCUUUCCAUGUUCUGAUUCGUGCACAGUCGGUUGUAACCGAGCUAACGGCGAGUGUGCAAAUGUUGGGGAUUGUUCUAAUUGUUUAAACGGAGAAAACAGCUGCGUGUCCGGAAAAUGCACGGCGUGUAAACAUCAGAUGUUCGGCGAGACAUGUGACACUGCUUGUUCCUUCUGUGAUCGUGGCUGUGAACAAGAUAAUGGUCAGUGUUACCCUGAAUUCUGUGCCAAUUGCGAAGGUGGGGUCGCUAACUGCGAUACUACGAACUUUGUGUGUGUCGGGACCUGCAUAUCCGGGACCUAUGGGAACGAUUGUCAACAAACAUGCGCACAAUUCAGUGGAAUAAGUAAUUGCAUCACGUGUAUAGAGACCACGGAUCCGAUGACAUGUGGGGCGUGUAGCGAGGGGUAUUACAGCGCCGUGACGUCAUGUUCGCCAUGCAGCGACGGAUGUGUAAGCAACAGUUGUGCGGCAACCGAUGGGUCAUGCCUGCAGGGCUGCAUAUCCGGUAGAGGCGGCCGGAUGUGCGAUCAGUUUAAGUGUGAGGUCAGCAACUGCGCCACGUGUCAGACAAACCAACAUCUACAGUGUUUGACAUGUAACUCUGGGUAUUAUCUAACGAGUCCAGCAUGUACUCGAUGUCAUGAGAAUUGCAUUUCCCGUUCUUGUGACGUCACUUCCGGUAGAUGUUCGUUUGGAUGCGUUGAUGGCUGGUACGGUGAUAAAUGUGAAAAUAAAUGCGGAAAUUGUUCUGGAAUCGCGUGUGACCGAGAUGUCGGGUCGUGUAUCGGCUCGUGCGUGCCGGGCUACACUGGUAGCUCAUGCAAAGACCAAUGCAGCUCAAAAUGUCUGCUGUCAUGUGACAAAUUCACAGGUACGUGUAACGCUUGUCCAAAUGGAAAAUAUGGCGAAACGUGUGACUACCAGUGCACAAGUACAUGUAAUGACAUUUCGUGUGAACAAUUGACUGGAAACUGUAUUGCUACGUGCCAAACGGGUUACUAUGGUGCGCAAUGCAGCACGCCUUGUUCUACAAAUUGUGUUAGUUCUGUUUGUGACAAGAUCGGGGGACGAUGCACUAUCGGAUGCAACAGUGGUUACCAUGGCGACUUAUGUUUAGAUCAGUGUCCAGUGAGGUGUUUUCCACGCACGUGCUUCAGGAGUACAGGACAGUGCAGCAACGCUUGUAUCCAAAGCUUCCAUGGGGCAUUCUGUAAUGAAACCUGUAGUUCCAGCUGUGAGGGCGGAACAUGUCAGAAAUCUUCAGGCUACUGUUCCCAAGGCUGUAAAUCUGGGUUCUGGGGUAACACUUGCGCAGAUCAAUGCGCUACAGGAUGCGCAGCGCGUUGUGUACAGACCUUGGGUGUUUGUUUAGCUGAAGACGGUUGUCGGGAUGGUUUUUUCGGCAAUUACUGCAACAUAACAUGCAACGACAGAUGCGCAGACAACAAGUGCUUACAAACCAAUGGCGACUGCGAAGGUAGGUGCGUGGCUGGAUAUUAUGGGCUGUUCUGUAACAAUGAAUGUAAAACAUGCGCAGGGGGUCUAUGUAAUAGGGACACGGGAAAAUGUGACGGACAAUGUUUAAACGGUUACCAUGGCGACAGCUGCCUGUUUAACUGUAGCACCCAGUGUUUUGGAUCGUUAUGUGAUAAAACUACCGCUAAGUGUCAGGGGUCGUGCGUAUUUGGUUACCAUGGAGAUUAUUGUGAUCGGACAUGUAGUCAAACGUGUGCGACUGGAGGGUGCGUUAAAUUGACUGGCGAGUGCUUGGGAGGCUGUACCCAGGGCUACUAUGGUAGCUACUGCAACAUGACAUGCGCAGAUGUUACCGGGCAACCACAGUGUGUCACGUGUUUAGCAUCAAACACCGGCUACACGUGUAGUCAGUGUUCAUACGGGUUCUAUGCUGACGGCACAUGUAAGUUAUGCAACCUGGGAUGUCUGAGUAGCGAAUGCUACGGUAAUAACGGCACGUGCACAUCUGGGUGUAAUGUAGGUCGCACAGGCGCUAAAUGUGACGAGAUUUGUAGUAAUAAUUGCGCGGGAGCCGUUUGUGAAAUAGAUGGCGUCUGUAAAUUCGCGUGCGUCAGCGGCUAUUACGGGACGUACUGUAAUCAGACGUGUGGGAAAUGUACAUCCGGGACCUGUGGGCGCACUGAUGGAACAUGCAACGUUUCCUGUCUGAAUGGUUUCUAUGGGAUCCAGUGUAAAGAUAUAUGUUCGACGUCUUGCAGCUCAAGGAUAUGUAACCAGAAUAGCGGUAAGUGCCUUGCUUGCCCAGACGGUACCUGGGGUUUCUCCUGUGAGCACCAGUGUAACCGAUGUGAUGGCCCCUGUGAUCAAGACACAGGAGUCUGCCGUGGGGUAUGUAUUGGCAACACGCAUCACGGGGACUACUGUAACGUCACGUGCAGUUCUACUUGUGUCAACAACAACUGUCAGAAAGCUGACGGACGUUGUUCCGGAACCACCUGCGUAGAUGGAUAUUUCGGCGACUUCUGUUCGUCGGGAUGUGAAACUAACUGUAGAGAUGGUCGCUGUGACAAGACCACGGGCCACUGUGAGGGUGAGUGUGCUAUAGGUUUCCAUGGAGAUUUCUGCACUUCUGCCUGUCCUUCGCAAUGUCUCGAUCUCUUGUGUAGUAGAUUUACUGGUGUCUGUGUAAGGGGUUGUGUACCGGGUUACCGUGGCGACCAAUGCAGUUCUACGUGCAGCUCCCAAUGUGGGGAUAACACAUGUAACCAGCACACGGGUGCGUGCGAAGGCACGUGCGUAAAUGGAUACUUUGGUCCAUUCUGUAACAUUUCGUGUAGCAAUUGCUUGGACGGAAGAUGUGGCAAAACGGACGGUACAUGUUUGGGCCUUUGUAGAUCUGGUUUCCAUGGCGACAAGUGUCUAACGCAAUGUACCAACGCAUGCGUAGGACCAAUCUGUGAAAAAUUGAGUGGAAAGUGUUUAGGGGCCUGUCAGAACGGUUUUUAUGGCAACUUUUGUAAUAUAUCGUGUAGCACGAACUGCCUCAACGGAAUUUGCAUAAAGUCCAGUGGUGUGUGUGGAUCCGGUACGUGCGCCACUGGAUUCUAUGGAUCCUACUGCAACAUGACAUGCGUAGAUGUAACUGGUGACGUCAGAUGCACUCAAUGUCAGGGUGUGUCAAACAAUUACUAUUGCAUCGACUGCAGUACAGGGUACUACGCCGACAACACGUGUAAACUCUGCAGCGCGGGUUGCUUGAACGGCCAGUGUUUCGGAAACAAUGGAACGUGCGAGUCCGGAUGUAUCACUGGCAAGCGCGGGCUUAUGUGUGAUGCUGACUGCAGUACCAGUUGCCAGGACAACAAAUGUAGUGUGUCUGGCGUAUGCACUGUCGGAUGCGUUGUGGGAAAAUACGGCGCCUACUGUGACCAGAACUGCGGAGGUUGUACGUCCGGUAGGUGUGACAUCACUACCGGUAACUGUGACAGCCCCUGUGUCACCGGCUACCACGGGGGUCAAUGUAAGGAUGUAUGCUCAGGCUCCUGUAAAGAUUCAAUAUGUAAUAAAGCGGACGGUCGCUGUGGAAACUGUAAUGCCGGGAAAUGGGGAUUUUAUUGUCAGUUCACGUGCCCGAAUUGUGCUGCGGGGAUUUGUUAUCAGGACACGGGCGCAUGCUUAGGUCUUUGUGCUGACACUUCCUUCUAUGGUAGCCACUGCAACGAGAGCUGCAGCAACUUGUGUGCCGACAACCGGUGUCAGAAAGACGACGGCCGAUGUAUCGGAGCCUGCAUUGGAGGCUACUGGGGCGAGGAUUGCUUCACGCGCUGUGACCUAAACUGCAAGACGGGAAUGUGUCAGAAGGCUAACGGAUACUGUUCGGGUGAGUGUGCACUAGGAUUUUAUGGUAAUUUCUGCAACUCGACCUGUCCUACCUCUUGUAGUUUAGUAUCAUGUGACAAAACUCUGGGAUCCUGUACGGAUGGAUGCAAGUCUGGUUUCCAUGGCACUUAUUGUGAGCAUGCGUGUAGUGACGGGUGUCUGUUGAGUUGUUACCAGACCGGCGGAGAAUGCGACGCGACUGCGGGUUGUAAACCCGGACGAUUCGGGCCCUUCUGUGCCGACGGAUGUAGUCAAUACUGUCUCAAUAACAACUGCGACCACAUCACCUCACACUGUAUAGACGGAUGCAUGCCGGGAUUUUGGAGUUCAACUUGCAACGAAACGUGUGAUACAACUCGCUGCGCCGACCCGAACUGCGACCCGGCGGACGGAAGUUGUCGCGGUGUGUGUCAAGCUGGGCUCUAUGGCGCUAACUGUUCACUGAUCUGUAGCGCUAAUUGCGAGAAUAAACUCUGCGAUCAGGCGACGGGGCGGUGCAGUGGAAACUGUAAUGCGGAUUACUAUGGUCCCAUGUGUGAUCAAGACUGUAGCAAAUGUGCAACUGGGUUAUGCGACCGUUCCAGUGGAGCAUGCACGGGUGAGUGUGACCCCGGCUACCAGGGAACGUUCUGUCAGGACAGGUGCAGCAGUAGUUGUGCGGGAGGGACCUGUAAUAAGCUGACAGGGCGUUGCGUGAAUGGUUGUGUGAACGGCUACUAUGGCGAUCUGUGUACCGAAGUCUGUAGCUCGUUGUGUGACAAGAGUUUAUGUCACCAGAACACGGGACGUUGUGAUACGUGUACCCCGGGCAGGUUCGGAGAGACGUGUACCAGUUCUUGCGACCCACACUGUGGCGGGAAUAUUUGCGACCGGAACACGGGUCAAUGCGUAUCGGGGUGUACUGUCGGAUAUCACUCGAUGUAUUGUAACCAAACAUGUGCGGCCGGAUGUUCCUCAAAUAUUUGUGACUGGCUGACUGGAAACUGUGCGAGUGGAUGUACAAAUGGUUACUACGGAAGUCGAUGUAACAAUUUGUGUGAUGCCUCCUGUCGGAACAGCGCGUGUGAUCAGACAAGCGGUACGUGCACGCAGGGAUGCGUCAAUGGACGUUAUGGAGACACUUGUACGUCACAAUGUGUCAACUGUGACACGUGUGACCGAGUAACUGGUAACUGUGUAUGCCCAGAGGGUAAAUAUGGCAGUGACUGCACUCUCAACUGCGCAGGCACGUGCCAGAAGUCGCUCAAUCUGUUUCCGGUUUGUGAGCGUGUGACAGGACGCUGCUCUUUGGGCUGUGAAUUAGGGUUCUACGGUGACAUUUGCGAUCGUAAUUGCAUUUUGCCCCAUCGAUGUUUAUCUGCAGGAUGCGCUCAGACAAACGGAGCAUGUAUAGGUGCAUGCAUCACCGGAUGGAGUGGCUCCUGGUGUAACCAACUCUGUGGCGCCCAGUGUGUGGACAGCGUGUGUGACCAGACUUCUGCGCACUGUACCCGCGGUUGCCUGAACGGUUACUAUGGAGACGUUUGCGAUAUGCAAUGUCCAAACUGCUUGACAUGUGGUCGGAAUGGAGUUUGUCUAAGGUGUCAGUCAGGGAAGUACGGAACAAAUUGUCUGUCUAGCUGUCCUAACUGUCAGACGUCCACGUCAUCAAAUAUCACGUGCAACGUCAGUUCUGGGAUCUGUUUGCACGGCUGUAAAAAUGGUUUCUAUGGGGACAAGUGUAAUAGUUCGUGCUCUAAUUGUCUAACCUGUAACGCGAUGGGUGCAUGUUUGUCUUGUCCCGCCGGAAAGUUUGGCGAAAACUGUCUGUCCAACUGUCCGAACUGUCGGACGUCGUCCACCUCCAGCAGCACGUGCAAUGUGGGCGAUGGGACUUGCAUGUUUGGCUGUAAAACUGGUUUCUAUGGCGACAGGUGUAACAGUGCGUGCAGCACAGGCUGUAAAAAUGGCUGUAAUACAUUAACAGGAAUAUGUAUUGAUGGAUGUCGCGCAGGUUUCUAUGGCAACAGAUGUGAAGGAUCAUGUUCGGCUUGUUACACCUGUGAUGGGGCCGGUAAUUGCCUCCAAUGUUUCGCCGGAAAGUUUGGAGCUCAGUGUUCAUCAAGUUGUCCAAAUUGUCGAGCGGUUGACUCAUCUGUAGAAACGUGCGACAAAGGUUCCGGCAUCUGUCUCAAUGGCUGUAACGCGGGUUACUUUGGCAACAGAUGCAAUACGGAUUGUAACAGUGAAUGCUUCAGUGGUUGCACGAGCUCCGGUUCCUGUAUUAAUGGCUGCAAUGUAGGUUUCUAUGGUAACAAGUGUGAAAAUACUUGCAGCAUUGGUUGUGCUAAUGGUUGCAAUUUAGCGACUGGGAUUUGUGUAGGAGGCUGUCUUAGUGGUUACUAUGGCAGCACGUGUAACGUUACUUGUAGUAGUGGUUGUGUUGGUGGCUGCGGUGUGAGUUCAAAUAUAUGUGAUGGUGGUUGUCGGGACGGUUUCUUUGGCGACAGAUGUGAUAUCACGUGCAGCAUUGGAUGUCAGGGCGGUUGCGUCACUGGUACAAGUACUUGUAAAGAUGGAUGUGUCGAUGGUUUCUAUGGCAUCAAGUGUGACGGUAUCUGUAGCGAUGGAUGUCAAAAUGGGUGUACUGCUGGCACCAGUGUUUGCGCGGGUGGCUGCAAGACUGGUUACUAUGGUGAUAGAUGCGAUGGACGAUGCAGCAACGGCUGCCAAGCUGGCUGUGAAACAGUAUCUGGUACAUGCAUAAAUGGCUGUAUCAAUGGUUCCUAUGGCGAUAAAUGUAACAAUAGUUGCAGUAUUGGUUGUCGCAGUAACUGUGAUGCAUCCACGGGAAUAUGUAUCGGCGGAUGUGUAACUGGUUUCUAUGGCAACAAAUGUGAUACAAACUGCAGUAAGGGAUGUUCCUCUGGGUGUGAUGCAGUCAAUGGACUUUGUGUUGGAGGAUGCCGUUUCGGUUUCUAUGGCAACAAAUGUCAGUUCCCUUGCAAUGUUGGAUGUCUGGAAGGAUGUGAAGCAGGAACAGGAUUAUGUAUCGGAGGAUGCCAUCCUGGUUAUCAUGGAAACAUGUGUGAAUAUAACUGUAGUUUGAGCUGUGUUGGCGGAUGCUCGCAAGGAACCAGUUUGUGUACAGGUGGAUGUCGGGAAGGUUGGUUCGGACAGAAGUGUACUUCGGGAUGUUCGAGCUGCGGCACAGACAACGGACGUGUGAACUGUAACGUCACGUCGGGGGCGUGUCUGUUCGGCUGCAAAGCAGGUUACUAUGGCCCUUACUGUAACUUUACAUGUCAUGACACGUGCAAACCAAAUGCAUGUCAAAUGGGCAACGGAUACUGUCUUUCUGGCUGUAGUGACGGAUACUGGGACGACAAAUGUGAUCGGACGUGUCUGUCCCUCUGCACAAACGGGACUUGCAGACAAGCGGACGGAUACUGCCCUUCUACAGUUGUGACGAAACCGGACGGUACUAAAAACCUCCCUCUAAUUAUCGGGCUGUCGGUGGCUGGGGGGAUACUCAUCCCCUUCAGCAUCGCUAUCAUAUGCUGCUGUCAGCGAAGUCACGGACAGGAUCAGGCGACUCUGGUGAACGGGAAUGUAGCUCUGGUAGCUAAUGGCGACAGCAAAGAGUAUAUCGGCGGGCUGGACAACAUAAGCUCCAGAAGUUUUACUGGCUCCAAGUAUGGACAGGUCGGGGAGCAAAUUAGUAUCCACGCCCCACUCGGUCAUCUCACCCACAGGUCGGCCGACGCCCACAGUGGCAGCCAUGUUUCAUCAUCGUACAAUACCAGCUUCAACCCUACUCCACACCUGACCGGAAGUCACUUGGGCGUAUCUCAUUUGUCCGCGGACAGAAUUGUCAUGUCAUCGUUUGUCCUCCUAGACGGAACCAAAGGGGUCAAAGUUGAAGAUUUCUCGGCUUUCAUGACACAAAUGAAGAUGUCAGAUCGAGGCUUUGAGAUGGAGCUUGCGACUCUACACCAGGGCCUCCAGCAUCCCCAUGCGGCCGCCAUGCGCCCGGAAAACAGGGCCAAGAAUAGGUACAAGGAUGUUUACCCAUAUGACCAUUCGAGGGUAAUACUGAACGCUGAUGACGGUGACUACACAGAUUACAUCAAUGCGUCAUAUAUUGACGGGUACCAAUCACCCAAAGCUUACAUAGCGUGCCAAGGCCCCACUGAAAACAUGGUGAACGACUUUUGGAGAAUGAUCUGGCAACUAAACUGUCAGACAAUCAUCAUGGUCACCAACUUGGUGGAGGGAGGGGUUACCAAAUGUAUGCAGUAUUGGCCGGAAGAAGGGGAGGAGGUUGUGUACGGUGAAUUCACCAUAGCUUGUGAUGACGUCGAGCGUUAUACUGACUUCCGGAUAUCCAAUCUUAAUGUCAGCUCGAAUGGUGAGAUGAAGACGCUGAGACACGCCCAGUUCCUGUCCUGGCCAGACAAAGAAGUUCCCAAAUACGUCACGCCCCUUGUAGAGUUCCACGAUAAAGUCAAGUCUAGUGAUACACCCUGCGUGGUCCACUGUAGUGCCGGUGUUGGCCGUUCCGGGACGUACAUCGCCAUGGAUUACUUACUGGAGCAGGCGGACACCCAGGGAUCCGUGAACGUCCACGAGUGUGUGGCCAAGAUGAGGGACAGUCGGGUCAACAUGAUACAGACUGCGGGCCAGUACCAGUUCCUCCACGUGGUGUUGGAGGCGGCGCUAAAAAACAGAGAUACGACGGUGUCGGUGGAGGAGUUCUCACAGUACUAUAACGUCCUCAGACGGGACAGCGACUCGCACUCUCAUCUUCACCGCCAGUUCGAGAAUCUGACCUGUCCCACAGAAAUGGAGUAUGAAGCCGCACAUAUGCCAGAAAAUCUACCUAAAAAUAGGAACGCAAACAUUUUGCCACCUGAUGACUGUCGGGUUUAUCUGUGGUCCAGGAUGAAAGGCUGUAACGAUUACAUCAACGCUGUCUACCUACCGACAUUCAAAGAGAAAUACGCAUUCAUAGCGACAGAGUUUCCCCAGAACCGGACCGUGGUUGACUUCUGUCGCCUAGUAUACCAGGAGGAGUGUCGCACUAUAGUCAUGAUGAACAACACCUUCAGCGGAGACAAGAAACAUGAAAACUAUUGGGGCGGUUUGAAUCAACAGAUGGGAUGUGGCCCGUUCCAGAUAAAGGUCACACGCGAGGAGGUCAAGGACGGAUACAAAGUUCUCACCAUGGAAUUUAGGUUUGACGUUGAGGCACUGGCUGGGGACCUGGGAGCGGAGGAUAAGGGCAGUGUACAGUUACGACAGUACCAAUACAGUGGCUGGGAGGAAGGCCGACUUCUUCCUUCGAAUCUCGACGCCCUCCUUAACAUGAUUGAUGACAUCAGAGAUUGGAACGCCAGCUCGAGCGCCAAGGGGAAGCCACUCAUCGUUCACUGCAUGGACGGGGCGGAGAGGAGCGGUCUUUUCUGUGUGAUGGCGGCCGCGGUAGAGCGACUGAGGGCCGAGGAAAACGUCAGUAUGGUUCACACCAUCAACCAAAUGAGGGUCCGACGUCCUCAGGUUAUACCGAAUAUAGAGCAGUUCCGGUAUUGCCAUGAAGCCAUUCUCCAGUACAUUGAGCAUCACUACAACAACGGUGACAUCAUAUUGUAGAGUUACCAUAGUAACAGUUUCGUCAGUAUAACAAAAUGAGAUAUUGUCAUAUAUCAACAAACUUGGUCUUCAUAGCAACGGUGACAUCGGAACAAAAUAUUUAUCGAUAGAACAACAGUGACGUCAUAUUGUUAAGUCAUGGUACCAAAGACGCUUUACUUCAGCAAAGGUGACGUCAUUAUAUGAAGAAUAAACAACGGUGAUAUCGAAAGAUAACGAACAAACGUUUGGCAAUGCGAAAGCAUUGGCAAGCCCACUAGUAAAAUACUAUGUAAUAUAGCAACGUUGACGCUAGAUUCACAAAAGUGACGUCAUAUGUUACAGUAACUGUGAUAAUAUCGCCCCCUAGCAACAUAAUUGUAUCUAUGACAACGCUGAAUUUAUAAUGAUAGGUCACCAUAGCAACAGACUUGUCACUAAUUAUUUCAGAGACACGGUGCAUGAGUUCAAAUAAAUCAUAACAACAGCAACGAUGACGUCAUUUGAAAAGAAUCCAUAACAACACCAUCGUAAAUAUGGUGAUAUAUUAAACAUUUAUAAUUAGCACCACCUAAAGAACAUCAACACCAUAUCCUGGUCUAUCAUAAUUGAUGACCACGGACAUGACUGCUUCCUGUAGGUAUGGAGACCACCGAUUAAGCUGUCUGUGAUUAAGAUACAGUUUAUCUGUGUCGAGAAGUCUUAGCUGAAAACUAAUUAAUCAGCUAAAAGUCUGACACCGUGAUAUUUCUUCGCUACGCAAUGGUUGAAUGUAAUAGAACAAGGGGAAGCAACUCGUCCUUGCCUGUGAACCAGUUUGCAUGGGCGUCAUUUUCUAAGGGGAAAAAACUCAUCCUUGCCUCAAAUUGUUUGGUUUGUAUGACAUGUGAUAUUACUAUUAUCUAUUUAAUAUAUAUAUAGUACAUACAUUUCUCAUCCAACUUUCUUUUUGUGCCAUAUUUAUGUUUUUAAUCAUUAUUAUGAUACUCUGUACGGUUUGUGGUAUAUAUACAGGUCAUUCGACAGACGAUUUUUUUUAUCGUUUUAUAAAUACUAUUUCUUCUUUAAAAGUGAUCUAUGAUAUUGAAAAAAAUACCUUGACAGUAUUCAUACAAACGAUGGAUGUUUUUUGUCCUAUUUUUAGAAAGCAAACCUUCUUAAUUUGAAAGGUAUCUUGACUUUUAUUUGAGUGGUUUUUUUCAGAGCAUGGAGUUUUGUGAAGGAACAGGACAAAUGAUGUUAGCGUUAUCAUGGAACUUUUAAGAAGGGAAAUGAUUGUAGAUGGGUUUUUUUCUGACGAGGUAGAUAAAUCUAUGUGAACUGUCAUCCGUCUUGUUUAUAUCCAUAAUGACAUAAAUAUGUAUCAAUAUGGUAGAGUAUUCUACGUUUAUCGUGUGUGGAAGAGAGUUUUUACGAUUACUAGGCGAUCACCAGAAAUCAUAAAUCAUGUUUUACUAUAUGGUCAGAUUUUUUAUCUUUUAUUUCAAGAAAGUUUCAUAUCCCCUCUCCGGUUAAAAAUAUAAUCUUUAUUUCUUUUACAAAAAUUAUGAAACAAUUAUCGAUAUUUUUAAGUGUAUAUAUUACUGUGGUAUUCAUCAUAAUUUUACAAGACAUAUCCUAUCUUUAAUCAAAACAGGGAAGAUUGAAACUGAUCACUGGCGUCAUAAACCUCAUACAAUGCUCGCUGUAAUUGCUGACGUCAUUGACCUCGUACGCUGUAAUUGCCGACGUUGUCCUCAAAACUCUAAUUUUCAUAGAGGAUUUCUUUUACAUGAGAAUUUUCAGCAGAACUAUUUGGUUUCCGUCCAACGACUACGAAAGUGUAGUGAAAUAGUGUAUUACUGAAAUUAUGAGGAAUCGUAAUCGUAAUCGUUAAACUACUGUUCCACGUGAAGGUGACCAGUCUUUAGAAUGAAUGCAUUAAUUCAUUUUUUCAAAGCACAAUAUCAAAAUUAAGUUAUAGUCUUGCCUGGUUUGCCCCUGGUUGUUGUGAUAAAUGAAAUCCCUAUGUGUGUACGUUAUUAUCUUAUUUACGUUGAAAAUUCAAUUAUUCAGCUUUAAAUGUCAUGUAUAUAAGGAAACAUCAGGAGUGAUUAAAUCCGGGUGUUUUUUGUACUUCAUGAAUAUCAGUAUCGACCCUGGUUGGUCAGAAUCUGUUUAAAUUAAUUACUGAUUUUGUACAAAUUUUCGAGAUAAAACGAAAGUUUCAGCAUAUGUGAAAAUGUUUAAAAUUAUGUUCUGCUUCUUGUCUUCAUAUGAAUAGUUUACAUUCAUAUUCGUAUGAUUUUAAGGCAUUUUCAAUAUGUUGCAAGCAUGAUUUAUUUUUCUGUGUUAACUUUUCAUCAAAUUAAUUGGAAGUAGAUGUUGAAUUUAGAGUUCGCAGGUCAAUUUCCGGUAAUCUAUAGUCCGGAAUAUAGGAUAUUCGAGAUCUAGGGUCCGAAUUAUAGAAUAUUCGAGAUCCAGGGUCCGUAUUAUCUAUAGGUCCUGGGAUCAAGAGUUCCGGAUUAUUGAGUUUCUGGACUCAGGGUUCGGACUAUCGAGUUUCCGGGAUGUUAGAGUAUGAAUGAUCCAAUUCCUGAAGUAGAGUGUAACGCAUGGGAAGUUAGUAUACGUUUGAUAUCGUGAUCCCUGUAUACAUGUACUUAGUCCGCCCAAACAGUUUUUUUUCAAUUUAUUGCAAUUAUUUUACAAUUUUUAAAACAUAAUUAACCCCCCAAAAAACAGUUUAAUAAAACAUGUCAAUCCGUCCAAUGAAUUAGGGGCCAACUGUUGUCUCGAAGGUACAUAUAUGUAGUUUCCUACUAGUUUAUGCAAUAACAAACUCAAAGUUUGGUAGGUACGCUUGUUAUAAAACACUUUUAUGGAGUAGAGUGGGCGAGAUAUCUUAGUGUGGAAACACAAAUUAUUUCUGUGUGAAAUUUUAUUUUUUUUAUUUUUUUCAGUCUUAACCUUGCCAAUUUUUAUUUAAAUGUUUUCCUCUUAGAAGAGAAUUCCUUUUGCUCGGCAGCCAUUACGUCGACAGGUAGUAUUUUAUAUAUACAAUGUAUCUAAUCACCUUGCUGUACAAAGUGAAUUUUGACUUUUGACUUUUACAUUAUUGAGCUGUAUAUUAUCAUCAUCAUUUUGCAAUUAAACUUCGUACUUUCAUUAUAUUUAUGUAUAAAAUAUUUCCAUCGCAGGGUCCAGACAUAAUGAUAGGUAGCAGUAGUAAACCAGCUGUAUAAGGAAUAUCAUACUAAAAAAAAGUGUUAAAAAAAAGUUUUAUGGUUCUGAGGGGUAUUUUUUAAAGCUUUUUCGCGGUAAAGGCAUUUUCGAGUUGGUGCUGUGUUAUUAUGUCGCUGCGUGCUUAUAUUUUCGGGUUUUCAUAUAAACGAAAAUAUUGAAAACGUCCUCAUCGCGAAAUAACUUUAAAUGUACAGUAUAAUAUAUAUCUAUAUGCAUGAAUAUACCAAGUACUACUGUUACAUCACCAUGUGUCCGGUCCCUGAUGAGACUCGUACCAUCAUGCAUAUAUAAUCAGUUUAUUUAUUCUGUAAUAUUUUUAUCCUAUGCAUAUGUAUAUCUGUUUACGUGGGUGGUAAUUUUCAGGUUUUACAAUAUGAGUUUAAUAUACUGAGAUGAAAGUAAACUUACUGUGAAUCUUCUAGUAAAUUUGUGUGGUGUCGCGAAUUAAAAUACCGUAAAUCUAUUUAUUUCUCAUAGGUAUAAAAUAAUAGCUUUUAUCAUUUUUUUCAGUAAUAAAUGUUAUACCUUUAAUUGUUUUUCAAGUAAUAAUAAAAAAAAAAUAUAUAUUUAUUCUGAAAUGAAAUUUUCGCAUUUAGAUCGUUUGCAGACAUGUCUUGAAAACAAGUACAUGUAUUCGCGAAAAUAAAGUGAUUUACAUAAUUUCAUUUUUAUAUUCAGGAUAUUUUGAAGGCACAUUGUGACAAGUGUGAUACAGUUUUAUACUGUCACAGCUCCUUGUACAAUGUCUGAAACAAGUUUGGUUUAAAUAGCUUGGAGUGUUUUUCAACGUGUUAAUUUGUUUAUGAACAGAGGGAGCCAGCAUUUGAGACUUGUAAAUUUUCUGUUUCUCUCUCUGUCUGAUGUAUUUUCUUUGUGUCUUAUGCAAUAUGUAGGAAUAUUUUAAUUAUUUAAGUUCGUCUGUCUUCGCAUCUUGAAAGGAGAUUUUGUAACAACAUUUGUGAUACCGUUCCGUCCAAGAGGGCCAAGUAAUAAAACCGUUUUUUUAC